AUGCGUAACCAUAGAGAAAAUGUACCAAUUGAUGUUCCACUUGAUAUUUUCAAAUGUGUUAAAUGCUUCAAAUUGUUCAGCACAAAAGCAAAUUUGAGUAAGCACAAGUCCGUGCACGAUUCAGAAAAAAAGAAUUUUGUUUGUGAGAGCUGCGGUAGGGUUUUCACAAGGCAGGACUACCUUCACAAGCACAAGCUAACCCACACCGGGGUUAAGCAGCACGUGUGCCCACACUGUGGGUUCAGAACGACGCAGAGGUCCUCCCUGACAGUCCACAUCAGGAAGCACACCGGUGAGCGUCCAUACAGCUGCGACGUUUGCCCGCAGCGUUGCGUCUCCAGUUCGAAUCUGCGGGCGCACCGCAGACGGCACCUGGGCCUCAAGAAGUACGAGUGCACGAUCUGCUCUAAGAAGUUCGGCUACAAGGUGAGCCUGGAAGAGCACGUGGCCUCCGCCCACGAGCGCUCGCAGACGCACGCGUGCCAGCAGUGCGGCGCCGUGUACACCAGGGUGAGGGGGCUGCGCAGGCACCAGCUCGCGAAACACGCCAAGAGCGGAGCCCCGAUAGGCCAGAUCGCUGCAAUGGAGGCGGACGCCUGCGCCGGUGCGACGGAGACGAAAGAUGCGGCCGGCCCGCUC